AUGGAAAGAGAACUUAUGGAUAAGGAAAAAUUGUUGCGUGACCGUGAAGCGGAGUUGUCCCAGCUUGGAGGCGACUUGAAUUGGCAUGUUAAUGUCAUGAUUGUUAGGAUUGUUAAAAAGUCUAGGAGGGAGUUGUUGCAUAUGGAAAUUGUUGUUGGGACGUUCGACCCCAAUGUUGCUAGUUCUACUUUGAGCCAUACUGGGGAGAUGGUAAAUUCAAUUGACUCAUUUUCCACGUGUGAUUACGACUCCUUGAUGAAUUUGGGUUCUAUGGACGUUAGUGGCCUUCACCUGCUUUGUGCAAAUAACGAUAACGAAGGGGUAGGUCCUAGAAACAACGCCAAGAUCACUAGCUUGGAUAGGAUUGCUGGUUAUAAUCAUUUAAACCGAGAUGAGGAAUGGCUAGACUACCUACUGCAAUAUAGAGUUGAGUUUUUGAACCAUGCAACUCCUUUUGGUAAAGGUAAUAAUCCUUUUAACCAAGACGGGGCAGGGUUAGGCUUCAUGUUGUUAUGUAGAACUGGGUGUUUGAACCAUGAAACUCUUUUUGGUAAAGGUUAUAGUCCUUUGAACCAAGACAAAAAUGACAUGGAAGAAUUGAUCCGCCUCUAUCCACUUGGUAAAAAUAGUCAACAACAACCACCAAGACUUCGAUUCUUCCUAGAGCCUUUAGAAAAAGGCCCCGCUAUGUCAAUUCCCUACUGGUGGAAUGACCAAGGAAUGAAAAUACUCAUAAGUGGUGUGGAUGUAAAACCCAUGCACAACACAUUACCGGUUUGGGCUCUUGCACCUUUAUGUGCUCCCGCUUCUCCAUCGUGUGCUUCCUUUAUGAUGCCACUUCCUUCUAGUUUCGUCACACAGUGA